AUGGAACAGAUCACCAGCAAUAAUCUCAUCAAGGUCUCAGGAGGAAUCACGAGAAUUCACUGCCGAAUUGAUUUUGUCUUCGUAAUCAAAUGCUUCGUAUUACUGUCUGAUUUUGUUCUUCUUCACUUUCAAGAACCACCGCUGUUUAUUGAAGCUACUUGGAUUGCCCGUGAUUUGUUUUCAUCGCGUAAUCCCCCCAUUUCGUCCAUAUUAUGGAUUGCGACAGGUAUUUAUCAGAGAAGUGUGUGGAGGAUAGCAGCUGAGCUACCAGAUCCUUAUCCCUAUAAAUCUCCCUCAAUAGGCUUUGCCAAUAAGACUUACCACCCAAAUGUUGACAAAAUGAGCUUAUACAAAGAAGGAUUACAAAAAAUCACCGAAUGCCUUGGAAAAUCCCUUGGUGAUUCUAUUUGUGUACAUAGAUGACAGAUUUCAUAUCACCUACUUGCCUCCAACUAUUUGCAAUGCCUUUGAUGGAUAAAGCACAGAGGACCCAGCUACUCAUAGCUUCUUUAGCAUCGUAAGUUAAAAUUCCAUACCAUUUUCUUUUGCUUCACAAAUUUCAUUAUGUUAAUAGCAUACCAAUUAUGUGAUACCAAUUGUUAUCUUAGCAGUUUCUAACAAUUGGUAAAAUACGCAUAAAUGUGUGCAAGUUUGAAUUAUACAUACGAAUUUUCAUAUAUUACACUCUUUUAUAGCUUUGAAA